AUGUGGAACUCUCGCAAAGUCGGUAUUCUUGGGGGUGGUCAGCUUGGACGUAUGCUGGUUGAGUCCUGCAACCGAUUGAACAUCCAGGCAAAUGUCUUGGACGCCGAGAACUCCCCGGCCAAGCAGAUCAGCUUCCAUGACGGACAUGUGACCGGCUCCUUCAAAGAGCGCGAGGCUGUUCGUCAACUCGCCAAGUCUUGCGAUGUGAUGACCGCUGAAAUUGAACACGUCGAUACCUACGCCCUCGAAGAGGUUGCCUCCGAAGUCCAAGUCGAGCCUAGUUGGCAAGCGAUCCGAACCAUCCAGAACAAGUUCAACCAGAAAGAGCACCUGCGCCAGUACGGAAUUCCCAUGGCCGAUCACAGAGAGCUGGUGAAGAACACCUCAGAGGAGUUGGCGGAGAUUGGACAGCAAUUGGGCUACCCAUUGAUGUUGAAGUCCAAGACCAUGGCAUAUGACGGACGGGGCAACUUCCGAGUGAACUCGAAAGAAGACAUUCCAGAGGCUCUAGAGGCCCUCAAGGACCGACCUCUGUAUGCGGAGAAGUGGGCCUACUUCAAGAUGGAGCUGGCUGUUAUGGUCAUCAAGACCAAGGACGAGGUUCUCUCUUACCCAACCGUGGAGACCGUGCAAGAGGACUCAAUAUGCAAGCUGGUGUACGCGCCAGCCCGGAAUGUCUCCAACAAGAUCAACGAACAAGCCCAGGCUCUCGCUCGUAAGGCAGUGGCUGCUUUUGAAGGCAAGGGCGCUUUCGGUGUUGAGAUGUUCCUGCUCGAAGACGACAGCCUGAUGCUCUGUGAGAUUGCUAGUCGCAUCCAUAACUCCGGCCACUACACAAUUGAGGGCUGCGCGCUCUCUCAAUUCGACAGCCACAUUCGCGCCAUCUUGGAUCUGCCCAUCCCUGCCAAGAGUCUCGAAAUUCGUCAACCUUCUAUCAUGCUGAACAUCAUUGGAGGCUCCGCUCCUGACACUCACCUCAAGGCUGCCGAGGCCGCCCUUUCAAUCCCCAAUGCGGCGAUUCACCUCUACAGCAAGGGCGCUGCUAAGCCCGGGCGCAAGAUGGGUCACAUCACCGUCACCGCGGCCACCAUGCACGAGGCCGAGACGAUGAUCCAGCCCUUGAUUGACGUUGUCGACAACAUUCGCGCUCAGCGCACCGAUAUCAAGACGAAGGCUCAGUCCUCUGGACCGUCCAAGCCCGCCCCCCAAGUGGCCGUCAUCAUGGGCUCCGAUAGUGAUCUGAAGACGCUGGUUCCCGGGCUGAAGCUACUAGAGAGCUACUUUGGUAUUGAGCCCGCGGUCGAGAUCACAUCUGCUCACCGCACACCCGACUACAUGGCCAAGUAUGCCGCUGAAGCUGCCUCCCGCGGCAUCAAGGUGAUCAUCGCCGCCGCCGGUGGUGCAGCUCACCUGCCGGGCAUGGCCGCAGCUCACACGGCUCUGCCUGUGAUCGGUGUCCCCGUCAAGGGCAGCUCGCUCGAUGGCGUGGACAGUCUCUAUAGUAUUGUCCAGAUGCCCCGCGGUGUUCCCGUCGCAACCGUCGGCAUCAACAACAGUAUCAACGCCGCUCUUCUCGCCGCGCGCAUUGUCGGCGCCUUCGAUCCUUCGGUCCAGAAAAAGGUCGAGGCGUAUGCCGAAGAAGCCCGCGCCGAGAACAUGGAGAAGAAAGGCACCAAGCUGCGCGAACUUGGAUGGGAACAGUACUUUGCGCAGAUGUAG